AUGCAAGAACAGUUUGAGAUUAGGUGCACUCAUCACAGUUCAGACUUGAAACUGAAGAUGGGAGAAGCUACACAAAGGUAUGCAAUUGUGACAGGUGCAAAUAAAGGAAUUGGAUUAGAGGCAGUUAGGCAGUUAGCUUCAGCUGGAAUACAGGUGGUGCUCACAGCAAGAAAUGAGGAGAGGGGUCUCAAUGCAAUGGAAACUAUCAAAGCCUCAGGUUUAUCUCACCUUGUAAUGUUUCAUCAACUAGAUGUGGCGGAUGCUGCAAGUGUAGCUUCUCUGGCAGAUUUUAUCAAAUCCAAAUUUGGUAAACUUGAUAUUCUGAUUAACAAUGCGGGAAUUAAUGGAGUGGUAAUUGAAGACAGUGAUUUAAUCACUACAGUCAUCACGAACCGUGGGGUAGUACCAGAAGAGGAUGGAACAAAGGCAAUGACUCAAACAUAUGAGUUAGCUGAAGAAUGCUUGCAAAUAAACUACUAUGGCGCUAAAAUAACUUUAGAAUCCCUUAUGCCCCUUCUGCAAUUAUCUGACUCACCAAGAAUUGUGAAUGUAUCAUCCACUUUGGGGCAGUUAGAGAGUUUCCCCAAGGAAUCAUGGGCCAGAGGAGUUUUAAGUGAUGCUGAUAACCUUAGUGAAGAGAAAGUGGAUGCAGUGUUGAAGAAGUUUCUAAGAGAUUUCAAAGAAGGUUCAUUAGAAAGUGAAGGGUGGCCUAGGAAUCUAGGUGCCUAUAUUGUCUCUAAAGCUGCUAUGAAUGCUUAUACUAGAAUGCUUGCUAAAAAAUACCCUUCAAUCUGCAUCAAUAGUUUUUGUCCUGGUUAUGUGAAGACAGAUAUAACAGCCAACACUGGCUUCCUAACAGUUGAAGAAGGUGCUGAGAAUCUUGUGAGGCUAGCACUGCUUCCCACUGGUAGUUCAUCUGGUCUCUUCUAUCAGAUGAGUCAUGUGGCUUCCUUCUGA